AUGGAUGAGGAAUACGACUCCAGCUCAGAGGACGAGUUUUUGUGGACUGCAGCCAGUCGGCUCAACCACGGACGCGGUGGCGAGCAAUUGCUCACGUGCGCCCUCAUAGAGCCGCCGUCUCCCAAGCCGUCACUCCGCCUUUCGCGUUCCCGUUCAGCCCCACCAUCUUCCACUCCCUCCCUCUCACGCACUCGUCACCGCCCAAAGGGCCUCCCCCCUUUGCAAGGCAUCAUGCUCGCGUCCCACGCCGUCGACCUCUCCCUCGACAAUGACGACGACUGGAUAGCUCCUUCCUCUGGUCCCCAGCUAUACCGCGCAGCCAGCGUUGGCAAUAGCUGGGGAGUCACCUCCAUCGGCCGCGGCUUCAAGUGGAACAACCACAAGGCAGAAGAUGAAGGUUCCAGCGAUGAAAGCUGUCUCCAAGUCGCCCCCGACUCUCUUCUCAGUCUACCCAAGGACAAGCCAAGUCUCAUCCGUCCAACUCGUCCAGUGUGGCUCAGCUCUUCCGCAGUGCCACGCUCUGCGGCAACAAACGGCAUGCCCAAGAUCUCUACGUCCUUCACUCCCCCCACGCCUUUCACCCCCAUGUCUCCUCGGACAGGUAGUUUCAUCGCUGGUCCUCUGACUCGGUCCCCCGCUUCAUCCCGACCACCUUCUCCGCGGUCAUUCACAUCUCGUCCAACCUCUCCGAUGGUGCCCACGGCGUCUUCCCUAUCCCUCCGCAGUGCUCUUUCAAGUACACCGUCUUCUCCCCGAUCUUCUCAAAUGCCCCGCAUGCGGCGUCGAUCUUCUCAACAACGCGUGUCGCUCGUGGCCGGGCGUGUCUCAAUAGCUCCGGUGGAAGCAUCUCCGAUGCCGUCUGGUCCCCAGAAGCUAGUCCGGACCAGCAGUGCGGCGAGCUUCCUUAGCGUCGCGAGCAGCGUCGGACCACCGACCCCUGGAGAAAAGGCAUGCCCGACUGGCGACAGGAGCAUCUCUGAGUUUGUGGUCGAGCGCGAGAUCGGGCGUGGGGCAUACGGACUGGUCAAGCGUGCUCGGGAGAUGAUGGAUGACGGGACAAUGGGGCCCCCGCUUGUCAUCAAACAGAUUAUCAAGUCGCGUAUUCUGGCGGAUUGCUGGAAGCGUCAUCCGAAGUUUGGCACCAUCCCAAUAGAGAUUUAUGUCAUGUCCGCAAUCUCCACCACACACUAUGUUCUCCCUCCACCGCGCCCCUGGGACCCCCUUCGCCGUAAAGCAGAUGCCCAGAAUGAUUGGGUGGAAGGCAAGGUCGUAAGCGGACACCCUAACAUUUGCCCCCUCCUAGACUUCUUCGAGGAUGACCACUACUAUUACCUCGUUCUUCCGUCUACAACCCCGGAGCCCAAACCGGAUGAGCCGCAGCCGCCUUCGGACCUCUUCGAACUCGUAGAGGGCUUCCCUCACGGGCUGCCCCCAGAUCUUAUCCGAACUUAUCUUGGCCAGAUCGCUGACGCCGUCGGAUUCUUACACUCAAAAGGCAUCGUUCACCGAGACAUCAAGGACGAGAACGUGGUGCUGGGCCCCGACGGCAAAUGCGUUCUUAUCGACUUUGGAAGCUCCGGGUUGGUCAGGAAGGGCGGCUGGGACACCUUCAGCGGCACCCUCGAUUACGCUGGGCCUGAGAUUCUCCGCGGUGAGCGAUACUACGGAAAGGAGCAAGAUGUCUGGGCUUUCGGCGUCGUCGCGUACGUGAUGCUGGUCGGCGAAUGCCCGUUCACGACAGCAGCCGAGGCGCAGGAUGGUCUCGAGUCUCCGUUCGCCACGGCGUCGAUCGCGCUGGACGAGCGCUGCGCGGACGGCAAGGAGAAGGAUGGCGAAGAAGAUGACGGAGGUGGGGCUGUCGGCGACGCGGCGGAGCUCGUUCGCGCAUGUCUCAAAGUGGACGUGAACGCGCGACCAACGUUCCAGACCAUCCUCCAGAGCCGGUUCCUCAGCGGGAGCGGUGGGUGGGGCAUGGAGGCGUAG